UUCUUGGUCCCAUGCGGCGAGCGCAGGUGAUGUAAACGGAAUCUCUUACCAUCCUCACUUUCUCUCUUUUCCCGCUAUUUUCUUUUUUCACUUACUUUCGCGGCUUUAGAUCCGAGCCUCCGUGUCAAAUCUCCCGGCGAAAGAAAAAGCAAUUUCCUCGGACAUUUUCCCGCAUUUUUCCGGUUGACAAAACUGUAUGAAUUCUCGAGAGCUCGUUCUUCUCGCUACAGCUACGGUUUUUGGUGCAGUAGCCUCUGCUCUUGCGGUUCGCUUCUUUUCCUUCAACCAGAAAAGGCACUUUCCCCGAACAGAUUCGUCUGGCAACUCUGCCGUUUCCAAUAACGGCUAUUCUCAGAGUCAGAGCCCGUUUGAUCCCUCCAAGCGCAAAGGAUACUUGUCAUGGGACGAUUACUUUAUGGCAAUUGCUUUUUUGUCAGCUGAACGAUCCAAAGAUCCAAACAGGCAGGUAGGCGCAUGCUUGGUCAGUCAAAAUGGAGUUAUUCUUGGCAUUGGUUAUAACGGAUUUCCAAGAGGUUGCUCAGAUGACAAACUUCCUUGGGCAAAGAAAUCUAAAACUGGGAAUCCUUUGGAGACAAAGUAUCCUUAUGUUUGUCAUGCUGAAGUUAAUGCUAUCCUGAACACAAAUCAUGCUUCUGCUGUGGGCCAGAAGCUUUAUGUGACCAUGUUCCCUUGCAAUGAAUGUGCAAAGAUAAUAAUUCAGUCAGGUGUAUCUGAAGUUAUAUAUUUUGUGGAGAAGAAUUUAAGUAACUCUGACACAACAUACAUCGCUUCACACAAGCUACUAUCUAUGGCUGGUAUCAAAGUGAGGAAACACCAGCCGCAGAUGAGCCGAAUUUUGGUAAAGUUUGAAGAUUCCUAAAUGAUGGUUUGUUUAUUUAUUGAGUUGAGCCAGAUCAUUGGUAGUGUCAUUAGAGUUGUUCAAUGUUGUGCAUUGUUUUCACUUGUAGGCUCCUAACCCAGUGGUUGUAUGCUAGAUAUGAAUUGUAUGAUGGAUGUUAAAUACUGUUAUGAGCAUCGCGAGAUACGCUUGAAACUGAUUUGGAUUACUCGAGCAAGGACCUGCAAAAUGAUAUAUUAGGCUUUUAUCAUGUUAAA